AGUUACUUUCGUGGGAAAACGAUUUGGGUGGUCGGCUGUAGCUCUGGGAUUGGCGCCGAGCUGGUGUUACGGUUGGCCCAGCUGGAGUGCAGUAUCAUUCUAUCAGCUCGACGGAAAGAGAAGUUGGACGCAUUAAAAACAAAAUGUGAUGAGAAAUCGUCUACCAGAUCAUCAGUCGUGUUUCCAUUAGAUGUGACCAAUUUCCAACAACUGGCUGAAGCUUGUCGGAAAGUGAGGACAUUCUUUGGAAAGCGUGCAGAAUGGAUAUCGAUUGAUCCAAAGGUGGAUGAAGCGUGCUUUCGAGUGAAUGCUCUUGGACCAACGGUGUUGGCAAGAGAAUAUCUCAAAACGUUGGAGCCAGAUGAAAAAGGACAUUUACCACCCACUCAUUUCGUUGUCGUGAGCAGUGUGGCCGGAGUCAUUGGGGCUAUAUUGUCGCCAUCGUAUACGGCCGCAAAACACGCCCUCAUGGUGAGGUCAUUAUUA